AUGUCGUCGCCCCAGCACUACCUCGUCUUUGGAGCCAACGGCGUUUCCGGCUUGGCCGCACUCCGUGCCCUCGUCGAGCAGCCCAAGGAGAAGGUGGGCGCGAUCCUCGCCGUUUCCCGCCGUCCCCCUCAGAUCGACUACAAGGACUCGCGCAUCAAGUUCAUCUCGAUCGACAUCCUUAACGCUUCCGUCGACGAGAUCACCGAGCGACUCAAAGCCGAAGGUGGCGACAAAGUCAAUGUCGCCCUGCACUACACCUACAUCGAGAAGAAGGACCCGCAGGAGCUGCUCGACAUCAACCACGAGCUGCUCAUCAAGGCGCUCGACAGCACCUCUUCCGCGACCGGCAAGAACCUCCGUCACUUCCACCUGCAGACGGGCUACAAGUGGUACUCGCUGCACCUUGCCAACAAGGAGCUUGCCUCGCCGGUGCCCUACCAGGAAGACGCGCCGCGCGGACCCACCGACCCGCCCAACUUCUACUACGACCAAGUGGACACGCUCGUCGCCCACGCCAAGAAGCACGGCUACGCAUGGUCCGAGACGCGCCCCAACACCAUCAUCGGCGCGGCCAAGGGCAACUUUAUGAACCAGGCCGUCUCCACCAGUCUCUACCUCGCGCUCGAAAAGGGUAAAGGCAAGACCGAAGUCCAGUAUCCAGGCAACAACCUCAACUGGGACCAGAUCUUUGUCUCGCAGAGCACGGCGAUCAACAAUGCGCGUUUCCAGGUGUUCCUCACCGACGCGAAGAAUGCGGCCAAGUGCGAGAACCAGUCGUUCAACAUCGAGGAUGGCGAUCGACGUACGCUGGGUCGGAUCUGGCAGGACCUGGGCAAGGAGCUGGGCCUCAAGGUGUUGCCUCCCACGCUGACGGCCAAGUACAACGACAAGCCACCCCAGCUGAGUCUCAGUCUGAACGAGUGGAGCAAGCGACCCGAGAACGUUGAGGCGUGGAAGAAGCUGACCAGCGAGGAGGGCGGCGAUCCAAAGGCCUUUGCCGACCACGCGACUUUUGCAUUUGCCGACUUUACCCUCGGCGCGACGUUCGACCAGCAGGGCAGCUUGGACAAGGCCAGAGCAGCCGGCUGGGAUGUCGUGUGCGAUACCGUCAAGGAUGGAUACCUCGACACCUACCGGUACCUGCAGGAGAUCGGUACGCUGCCCAAGGUUUGA